UCUCCGUUAAAAUAAAAAAUUCAGACAUGAUGUGCUGUGUUAUGUCUGUCUAUCCGCUUCGCUUCUGUUGAUUCGCACUCUCCCUUUUCUCCCGAACAGCACAAAAAGAGAAGAAGCGAACGACUGAGAGAGAGAGAGAGACUAGAGAGAGAAAAGUCCUAGAGCGAGAAAUAGUUACACAGUCCUUGCCGCCGGCGAUACUUGCCGGAAAAUGCACUGAUUCUGGUAACCACCUCUCACACACAACCACCAACACACCCCGCCACCACAGAAAAACACAAAACGGAAAAUGCGGGAAGCACUUGUUCGCGAUACCACCUGCGAAGCCACCUCCAUCAUUAAGAAUGAAGAACCCGAGAAGAAACUGUCGCUCUUGCAGUCUCCGUUGCCGCCGCUUCCGUUGGUUCCAAGCGGCCGGAGCCGGUCUCAGGGAAUCGGAACCAGAAGAGUGACGCCAACAACGACACCCCUAGCGGUCUCCGGCGCCGGAUCCACCGUGGAGAAGAUCCUCCCGAACGGCGAUUUCUACUCCGGCAACUUCUCCGGCACCGUUCCUCACGGAUCCGGGAAGUACCUUUGGACCGACGGGUGCAUGUACGAAGGAGAGUGGAAACGCGGAAAGGCUUCGGGCAAAGGAAAAUUCUCAUGGCCUUCAGGCGCUACCUACGAAGGUGAAUUCAAAUCUGGAAGAAUGGAAGGGUUUGGCGUCUUCGUCGGAUCCGACGGAGACACCUACCGCGGGUCGUGGAGCUCCGACAGAAAACACGGCUUUGGCUUGAAGCGUUAUGCAAACGGCGACGUUUAUGAAGGGUGGUGGAAACGCAACCUGCAAGACGGCCACGGCCGUUACGUUUGGAAGAACGGAAACAUGUAUACCGGGGAGUGGAGGAACGGCGUCAUAACGGGGAAAGGGGAGCUUGUUUGGGCUAAUGGGAACCGCUACGAGGGGCAGUGGGAGAACGGUUUGCCAAAGGCACAAGGGUUGUUCAAAACGAUGUCGCAUCAUCAGGUGCUGAUGCAGCCGCAUUGCUUGAAGACGAGUGGGAUUUUGUGGGGUGACAACUUUGCCCUCGCCGUUAGGAAGCGGUCGUCCGUUGACGGCUCUAGAGGGAGCGUUACGGAGAAGAGCUUCCCGAGGAUUUGCAUAUGGGAAUCGGAGGGUGAGGCUGGGGAUAUAACUUGCGAUAUUAUUGAUAAUGUGGAGGCGUCAAUGUUCUAUAGGGAUGGAACGGCGUCGGAUCGAGACGGGGUUGGUGUGCCAUUUGGCCGGAACCCUUGUUUCGCUGGCGAGGUGAAGAGACCGGGUCAAACGAUAUUCAAGGGGCAUAAGAACUAUGAAUUGAUGCUUAAUUUGCAAUUGGGCAUAAGGUACUCAGUAGGGAAGGAAGGCUCGACGUUGCGGGAGCUUAAGCUGACCGAUUUUGAUCCCAAGGAGAAGUACUGGACUAGGUUUCCGUCUGAAGGUUCCAAGAUUACGCCUCCCCAUCAAACAGCGGAAUUCCGGUGGAAGGAUUACUGCCCUGCUGUUUUUAGGCACUUGAGGAAGCUUUUUCAUGUGGAUCCUGCUGAUUAUAUGUUGGCUAUAUGUGGCGAUGACGCCCUCAGGGAGCUUUCCUCUCCCGGGAAAAGCGGGAGCAUUUUCUACUUGACGCAAGAUGACAGAUUUAUGAUAAAGACAGUGAAGAAAUCUGAAGUCAAGGUGCUUCUCCGGAUGCUUCGAAGUUAUUAUCAACAUGUCUCUGGUAAUGAGAAUUCACUUGUAACAAAAUUCUACGGGGUACACUGCGUCAAGCCAAUUGGAGGCCAGAAGAUCCGGUUUAUUGUGAUGGGAAACCUUUUCUGCUCGGAAUAUCCAAUUCAUCGACGAUUUGACUUGAAAGGAUCUUCACAUGGGCGUAUAACGGAUAAGCCGGAAGAGGAGAUUGAUGAAACGACCACCCUCAAGGACCUUGAUCUCAACUAUGUGUUUCGUGUACCAAGAAAUUGGUUCAAAGAGCUAAUUCAACAAAUUGAGCGGGAUUGUGAAUUCUUGGAAGCAGAGAAAAUUAUGGACUACAGCCUUUUGGUUGGACUUCAUUUUCGUGAUGAUAAUACAUGUGACAAAAUGGGAUUAUCACCAUUUGUUUUACGCACUGGAAAUCGAGAUUCUUACCAGAGUGAAAAGUUAAUGCGUGGUUAUCGCUUUCUUGAAGCGGAGCUACAAGAUAGGGAUCGGGUUAAAUCUGGAAGGAAAUCAUUAAUUAGGUUGGGAGCCAAUAUGCCGGCAAGAGCUGAACGAAUGGCGCGGAGGAGUGAUUUUGAUCAAUACACCAGUGUUGGAAUCAGCCAUUUGACCCCUUAUUGUAGUGGAGAGACUUAUGAUGUUGUUCUAUAUUUUGGGAUCAUUGACAUUUUGCAAGAUUACGAUAUCAGCAAGAAGCUUGAGCAUGCUUACAAGUCCUUGCAAGUUGACCCUACUUCGAUCUCGGCGGUUGAUCCAAAGCUCUACUCAAAGAGGUUCCGUGAUUUCAUCGGGAGAAUAUUCGUUGAAGACAGGUAGCAGAGAGUGGAGGCUGAGUUUUUCCUUUUUUUUUUUUUUGUUUUUAAUUGGGAGAAUGCCUGCUUGAUCCUAACAUCUGGGAAAAAUAGCUGCAAGUUCGGAACCCUAAGGCAGAGCCAGGGUCGUUGGGAGUUGCGGUUGUCGAGGGGCUGAUGAUGCUCGCCGGAGUUGGUGUUAUUUAACGGCUGAAUUCUGAAAAUAACAGCCAUGAUGAUGGUGUGCUGAAGGCGAGGGAAACUUGCAUAGGCAAAGAUAGGGGCU